GUUGGGCUCUAGUAAUUCUUUCAUCGUUUUAGGAUUCAAGCUACUCCAUUACUACGGAGUCUCUUCAUUCUACUUGGAAGCUCAGAAUUUUGAAACGAUCGGACGGUGGUGGGUGAUGGAGAACGCUGACGUGUUCCUGGGUUUGCACGACUUUCUGGAGCGCAUGCGACAACCCUCCGCCGCCGAUCUCGUCAAAUCCAUCAAAAGUUUUAUUGUCUCAUGUUCAAACAAUGCUCCCGAUCCAGAGAAGGACAGUGCAGCGGUACAGGAGUUCCUUGCCAAAAUGGAAUCAGCUUUCAGGGCUCAUCCACUUUGGGCUGGUUGCUCAGAUGAGGAGCUGGAGAGUGCUGGUGAGGGACUGGAGAAGUAUGUCAUGACGAAGUUAUUUACUCGUGUAUUUGCUUCACAUCCAGAUGAUUUAAAACUUGAUGACCAACUUUAUGAGAAGAUAUCUUUGAUUCAACAAUUCAUUCAACCAGAAAAUUUGGAUAUUAAACCAUCCUUUCAAAAUGAAACAUCAUGGCUACUUGCACAGAAAGAACUGCAGAAGAUCAAUAUGUACAAGGCACCAAGAGACAAGCUUGUCUGUAUCCUCAAUUGUUGCAGGGUUAUCAGUAACUUACUGCUUAAUGCUUCUAUUGCUUCAAAUGAGAAUCCCCCUGGAGCUGACGAAUUUCUUCCUGUCCUGAUUUUUGUUACUCUAAAGGCAAACCCUCCACAACUGCACUCAAAUCUGUUGUAUAUUCAAAGGUACAGGAAUCAGUCUCGACUAGUUGCAGAAUCAGCAUAUUUUUUCACUAACAUGCUCUCGGCUGAGUCCUUCAUGUCUAACAUUGAUGCAAAGGCUCUUUCAAUGGAUGAAACUGAGUUUGAAAAGAACAUGGAAUCUGCUCGAGCACUUCUUUCCGGGCUUUCAACUGGUUUAGAUGGUCAGUAUGAUCAAAGUGAUAGAAAUGCAGCAGAUGUGUCUAUCGCUGAAUCCAUGGAAUCUAAACAUCAGUCUUUGCAUGUUAAGGAUAGGGACUCCACAUUUCGACCAAAAUCGUCCGAAACAAAUUCCACAAGUAAGGAGGCCCCAUAUGCAAAAGAUCAGUUAUCAAUGCCAGAAGUUCCAUCCCUCUCAGAUUUGGAGAACAAAGGGGCAAUUAUGCUUCUGAAGGAGGAUAUGGUGAGCCAAGUCUUUCGGGAUUAUCCAUACUUGUUUGCCCAUGUCGGCAACCUAACAGUGAACGACGUAGAAGACCUGCUAAAUAAUUACAAACAACUUGUUUUUAGGUAUGUUUGUCUUUCCAAAGGGUUGGGUGCUGCUCCCCUUCCUUUGUCCAAUUCAGAAAGUCAAAAACAGCACCAAGUUGAAAAUAUAAAAGAAGCUGGAGAUAGUAGUACUGUGGAACCAAACGACGAACCAAAAAAGCAUACUAGGACGGAUGAUGGUUCAAAUAAAGUCUCACUAUUAGAGGAGGAAAAUCUUGAAUCAAAGUGGCCGCAGGAUGAAGCAGUUGUAGCUCAAGGUGGGGGAAAUGAUGAGACUUCUCAAUGAUGUUUCUCCUAAAAGUGUGUUGAAUUUUCAAAAGGAUGGCAGUCGUCAGGCUAUCUCCUUCCUUCCCCUCUUCGUGUGCUUUCUUGUUGAAAGUACAGUGAAGAAAAUCCGGAAAGGGAAAUCUAGCAUAUGGGUUGAAACUGUCAUAGCAUAAGCCUCAAUCCUAGCAUGCAAUGACGUGUACUUGUAGCUACAUGUUUAAAGCCCUUGAUAUUGAUUU